AUGGUCGUCGCCGAGAACGCAUCGGUUCUGUUUCUGGCGUUCGUCUGCUCGUGCUGCUGCGUUGGGACGGCUGCAGCCGCCGUAGCGGUGAACGGUGCUCCUCGGGAGAACGACGCGUCUCAAGAGAAAGUUCGGGUGUUCCUCGAGUACCCUCUGCUCUCCGUACGGACCAAGGAACGCCUGUACUACGUGCAUCUACGACCGGACAAGAGCCUAUCCAACGUGCCGGUCUUGCCCAGAGAGUGCAGCUUUCAGGGGCCCGUGCUCGAGCCCGCCGUGCAGAGCGUCGGAGGACGCCGUGCCAGAAGGGGCCGAGCUGUGGUCACAGCGUGUCCAGGGGGAGACGGAAGCGUCCACGCGCUUCUCGUCACCGGAGACGGGCAGGUCCUCAGCGUGGCACCUUCUGGAAGUCUUGAUGGCGGCCAGCCCGAGCACGCCCUCUGGCGGAGCAAUAUGUCUUCGCCCCGCAUGCAAGUCUGGCCCGGAGGUCCCGGCCGUCGGCGGAAGAGGGCUGUUCCCGAGGAGCGCACCAUCGAGUUGGCCGUGUUCCUGGACAAUGCGCUGCGAAAGUCCGUGCCAUCCAAAGCGGCACUGCAAACGCGAGUCCUGGCCAUCUUGGGUCAGGUGCAGCUGGUGUUGGCGUACAGGUCGCUUGAGAGGCCGAUCAAGCUGGACGUGGUUCGUGUCGAGCUGCUUGAUGCGCAGACAGCUCCGUCGACGGCGAACCGAGACAUCGACCGCUACCUGGACAACUUCUGCACGUGGCAGUGCUCGAUGCGGCAGCGGUUGGCGCGAAGCUCCGGCUGGGACCACGCCCUCCUGCUCUCGGGCCUGGACCUGGUCAAGGGCCGCAACAACCGCGUCCUAGGCCUCGCCUGGGUGAACGGCAUGUGCCGCUGCCGCUACAGCUGCACCCUGAGCGAGGCGCGCAGCAUGGAGGCCGCCCUGGUGGUGGCCCACGAGCUGGGCCACGCGCUGGGCAUGCACCACGACGGCCCGCCGGACAACGACUGCGACCCGGACAAGUUCCUCAUGUCCGCCAAGACCGGGGCGGGCAAGACCAAGUGGUCCCGGUGCAGCGGACGCUACCUGGACGAUUUCCUCGAGAAGCCCACGGCGGCCUGCCUCGAGUCCCAGACCGUCUCCGGAGGAUCCGUAGUCGACUUUUCCGGGGAACUGCCCGGCCAGCUCUACGACGCGGACGCCCAGUGCAGGCUAGCCCUGGGAACCUCUCACAAGGCUUACACGAGCAAGAAGACUCCCUUCAACGACGUGUGUCGAGAACUAUGGUGUCUGGAGGGGACGUAUGCGAGCUCCGCUCACCCGGCGUUGGAUGGCACCAUAUGUGCCACCGGAAAGUACUGCCGCGAAGGAUCCUGCGUGAGCCGACCGUCCGAGGACUCGUCCAACGGAAACCGGGCUCGCGACGCGGCCGGCACGUCCACGACCAAGGGUGCGGCACCAACCCGCCCCAACGGCAACCUGCGCACCACGACGACGCGACGGAUCGACAGGGACACCAACGUGUGGAAUAGAAUCUGGGCCCUCAUCGACCGACUGUCUGGCUGAGGUGUGGUCGGAAGCCCUGGAGUGCAAGGUGGCGCUGCUUUCAGCGUACCGGUUACGCUGCCACGGAGUCGCUCUCGUCCGUGGGACCGUCUAAGUUCCCGUUCUAGCCCACCAUAGUCGACGCUUCGCGUGUUGUCGCAAGGUUGCUGCAACCGGGUGGCGCUGGAAGUAGGUAUGCGGAAUGCAGAGUUCUAGGGAAGCUCCCUCCUACCCUCUUUCUACUUUAGCAGAGCGAAUGCCGGCGAGGAGGCGACCUCCUCUCCAGUGUUCGCCCUGCUCAGGGGGAAAGAGCUGGGAGGAGCUUCCCCUAAACUCGAUAUCUUCGCCACCAACUCCUCAUUAGCAAAGGCUGACAGUGCGGUGGAGGCUACGUGCUCGUUGGACCAAUCGCGUAGGCUUAUCUUUUGCCACGUGAUCACGGCGCUCCCGCUCGUACCCACGCGCUGAGGGCGGGGCAGGCGAUGAAAGGGAGGUGUCUGAUUGGUCCGGCGAUUGCAUAGCUCCCAUUGCACUGUCAGCCGCAGACUAGCGGCGUCGUAUGCGCCUUGUCCUACAGAAAGGCCAUUCAAAAUGUUCAAUGGACAUGCUCAAACGCCGUCCCCCACCGCGUUACUAUUUCCCAUUGUUUUGUUAUUCGUCCGACUCCAUAGGGACGAAUUUGGAUGCCGUGAAUCUUUUUUUCACGAUGGCGCGGACUUUUGAAAAGUUCGCGCCGUCGUCUGUCCGCCGUUGCUUUAUCGCGCACUCUGCGCGCGAGGGCUAGCUGCGUCAGCGUUCUGCAAGAACUCAGAUCCAAUCACGCGCUUCGUGCCCAUAAUGGCGACCAUCAGUGUUGCUUGAUGAAUUUUUCAAAAGGGACUAUUCCCGAGCACUUAUGAAGGUACGCACUCAAUAACGGCGAGUCAAGCACGUACAGAAAUUCAAACAGAGGUACAUUUCCUUUUGUCUGUUUGGAUCAUGUGUGAAGAACUAACCGAAAAUUGGAAUCUAGGAAGAGAAAGAAGAAGAGACAGUGGAUCUUACCACUGUAAUCUUGGCCUGUGAACUACGUUACUAGAACUCAACUGGGAGACUGCCAUGGAGCCUGCUUUGAAAAAGUGGCUUCGAUCCGUACUCGAGAACCGAACUAAUGGCGAUCGCAACGCCGCUAUUUCUUCCGCAGCGGCCACACCGGGAAAUGCACGCCUGCAUGUAUCGGUGUGGCGCCAUCACGCGUCGCCAUUUCGUGUUUUGACUAGUCGCUAAAAGGUGGCGCAGUUAGCGCAUUUAGUUUGGUCUUGGUGGACGCGAGCGGUCCGGGUGUCAAAAGUGAGUUUCCCAACUGAGCGUUCGAGUAAUUUUGGCUGUGAGACAAGCCAGAAAAAUCGGCGCCUGCGCAUAGAAAGCUCAAACGGCUCAAGCUUUCACGGAACGUGCGUUGAGGUGGUGCAUUUUACCCCCUAAAAUUUCAAGGCGCAAUUCACUCCCUGUGUUCGCGAACGACCGGGUUAGCGAUGAAUGUAUGGCCCAUCUUCCGAUAGGGGCAGCGAGCAGACAACGGAGUGCGCCGUGUGGAUAUUUUUCGUAUAGUAGCCGUAACAAUGCGUCUGAUGAAAGCACAUGUGUGAUGUGUACGUACAGUAAAUACCUUUGUCUUCUCAAAAUUUUAGUCGGAUUUUCAGUUAGUUUUUUUUCUGCAUGCGGUUCAGUGAAUCCAAGAACGGUCUCUGCUUUUUGUUUUUGCUGGACUUCGUUUUUGUACCCCUGUGCAAUUCCAGUUGACUCACUUUUAUUCUCGUUUGCCAACAUUUUUAUUUAACUGUAGGUCACAAGAAUAAAAAAAUGAAGGAUCACAAUUUCAGGGUGUAUGCCGUUUGUUGUUCAUGUUGCUGUUUUUAAAAAUUGUAGUGGGAUGUUACUUUGUUUUGUUUGAAUAAAAUAAAAAGGUCACACCU